AUGGAUGAAGAGUACAUGGCGCUCCUUUCCUCGUACCAAUUCUGGAUCAUGCCUGGCUCACUUACCUCGCGUUUCAUACCAAACUUUGUUCGGGGUGCAAUAGGAAGUGGCUUGCAUCGGUACCUUCGACAAAGAUUGUACGGACCCAUCAAGCAGAAGAUUUCUCAAGCCGUAGACCACGCCCAAUGUCGUGUUCAGUCCCGGAGCGAGCAUGACCGUGAACAGGACGGCGAGUUGAUCCAGUGGUACUUGCAGCAAGCAAAGACCAUGCCUGACCCAGCCUUCAUCACCGACCUGGAUACUUUAUGCUCAACCAUUAUCUUCCUCAACACGGCCGCCGGUCCUAUCGCGCUCUUCGCCACAGGAACGAUGAAUAACAUCCUCCAAUACGAGCACGUCGAUGGUCUAGUGACCGAGCUCAGACAAGAAAUUACACAAGCUCAUUCCGAAGACCCUGGCGAGUGGUCUUGGGCGAAAUUGGAGAAACUCAAGCUUCUUGACAGCGUGGUGCAAGAGUCUCUGCGGCUUGACAUGUACGGCGGCCUGAACUUCGAGCGUGUCGUCAUGGAGGCCAUCAACAUACCUGACGGACCGCACUUGGAGAAGGGCACAAUUGUUGUAUUUCCGAACUUUGCGGUGCAUCGUGAUCCGGGGAAUUAUGAAGAGCCAGAUAUAUUUCAGCCGCACCGCUUCGUGAAGGCGCCUGGUCGGUUGUAUGAUAUCUCUGGUCGGUAUCUGCCGUCUGGAUAUGGCCGUAGGACAUGUCCAGGCCGAUGGUAUGGUACGGCGAUGAUUAAGCUCAUCCUAGCACAGCUGAUUACCCGACUUCGACUUUGA